CUUCAUCUAUAAACACUAGGUUCUCAUAAAUAUCAACCGCACAAAAACUAUCAAAAUUUGAAAACAUAAAUGGCAUCACUAUCUCUAUCAAUCUUGAAAUUUACCAACUCUGCCUCAAGCUUCAAUAUGGCUACUAAAUGUGAACCAUCGUCGUCCAAACUUGAGAUAGGUUCACCAAUUGUGGUUGUUGAAGCUCCCAAAAUGAUCAAGACGGCAGCUUCCGUGCCAUGCCUCCGAGUUAAUUCCGGAUUAGUCAAACCCGGUGAUGUGGGGAGAGUUGUAUCAAGAAAACCGAAAGAUGUAUGGGCAGUUCGUCUCAGCAUUGGAACAUAUCUUAUUGAUGGCAAAUAUUUCAAGCCCCUCCAGCAGUGAACAUGAUUAUAUUCAAGUAUAAGAUUUUAUGAUUUUGUUCUUCAAACAAGUUCACACCAAUAUACAUCAGUUGUAUUUAAACUAUUUCAAUCUAAAUAUUGUAUGUUGUUUGAAUCAAAUCAAAUAAAAGUAAUUUAAUGA